AUGCCGCCACGAUUCAGAAGAGGAGGACGAGGCAAGGCGCCAUUCACCAGCCAUGAUCAUGAAGCCAGCCCAUCUCACCGGCGAACGCCUUCAGUGACGAUGAGCACGAGUCCCCAAGAAGACUGGAGGACAUACUUAGAGCCUGCGAGGCGUUCUAUCUCGCUCAGCUCCUCACCUUCGUACCAUGAUUCCUUCACACUCCAUCAAGGCAACGAGUCUGAUCAUUCUCGCCACUCCUACCUUCCAUUACGGCGGUCGGGUUCGCACCAUGCCUUUGAAGACCUGACCCCAUUCUUACAGAGCCGGUUCAACCCGGCAAACCAGGUGCAAGAACCAGCGGGUUUUAACCCGUUGGGACCAGAAGAUCACUUUUCCGGUGAUCAAAACAUGGAGAUGGAUGAAGAUACCGAUCCUGCCGAGCCACCAUAUGGGACGCCCACGCAUCCCAUAGAGAUUUCAGACAGAUCGUCUUUUCACGGUUCGCCAUACAGAGGUCCAGACAGCUAUGAAGCAAGGGUUGCCUCGUACCCUUGGGAGUUCACUCCCCCUUUUAACCCAGCACCUCCACAGCAGCAACAGGAUCCCUCCGAGGAUUCUCGCUUCCAGGCGGUUACUCCACCGCCACCACCACCGCCAGAGCAGGAACCGCCUCCGGAGCCACCGAGGUGGAAAAGAUCCGAAGCACGGAUGUCCGUGCGAGGGGGAUUCCACUUCAGCACCCCUCAACACUCCAGUGGCAGCCAUUACCCGCCACUAUAUGAAGACCCGUAG